AUGGCCGCCGCCGUGCUCCUCCUCCUACUGCCAAUCCUGGUAGCCACCACCGCACCUGCCGCGUCGGCGGCGUCCAGCAGCGGCGGCGAGAAGAGCACGCACAUCAAGCUGUACUGGCACGACGUGUUGAGCGGGCCGAGCCCGACAGCGGUGCCGGUGGCGAGCGCGGUGGUGACCAACACCUCCAAGACGGGCUUCGGCGCCGUGGUGGUGAUCGACGACCCGCUCACCGAGGGCCCCGACCUCAAGUCCUCCAAGCCCCUGGGCCGCGCGCAGGGCACCUACAUCGGCGCCGGCAAGGACGAGGUGUCGCUCAUGAUGAACAUGAACUUCGUGUUCCAGGCCGGCAAGUACAACGGCAGCACCGUCGCCAUCAUGGGCCGCAACGCGGUGUUCAACGCCGUCCGGGAGAUGGCCGUCGUGGGCGGCACCGGCGUGUUCCGGAUGGCGCGCGGGUACGCGCAGGCACGGACGCACACCCUCGACCUCAAGACCGGCGACGCCACCGUCGAGUACAACCUCUUCAUCAGGCAUUGA